CAUGUUGCUCUUGCUCGGUCUGUUUGCGCUCUUCGGUGAUGGUUCUUCGGCGCAGUGUGGCGUCCGGCAAAUUAAAACGCGGCACCUGCUGACCAAUGGCUACGAAACACAGGUCGGCGACUAUCCGUGGCACACGGCCAUCUUCCAGCUACGUCCGAAACCGAUCUACGUCUGUGGAGGCACGCUGAUAACCGCGAAAGUGAUCGUCACCUCGGCCCACUGCGUGACCAUGCCCGGUCAGAGUAAGGCACGGAAGCCGGAAGAGAGGGCUCUCGCGCAGGUGAUCCCGCACGAAACGUUCAGCUUGAACGACAUCCAAGACGAUAUCGCCCUGCUCGUGACGAAGGACACGGUGCGUUUCGACGAUUACGUGCAGCCCGCUUGCCUACCCUCGCGGGGCCCGCAGCUCGCAGUCUCCGUCAUCGGAACGGUGGUAGGCUGGGGCUACACGGAGGGCAAACGUGUGGCCAAUGUGCUGCGAGCCGCCACGGCACCGAUCGUGAGUCACCGGCAGUGUCGGGAGAGUAAUGCCGCCGCCUUUGGCGGCAUCCUAAACGACAACAUGUUCUGCGCGGGCUGGCGCAACGGGACCAGCCCUUGCAACGGGGACAGCGGCGGAGGACUCUUCGUGCGGGGUGCUUCCGGCAGCUGGACGUUGCUGGGGAUCGUUGCCUUUUCCGCCUCGGGCGCGCAAGACGAGAACUUCUGCAGCACCUCCGACUACACCGUGUUCGUCGAUGUGGCCAAGUACAUGGUGUGGCUCCGACGGAAGCUGAUGCGCCGUGAUCCUGGCACUCGAGUAUGCGGUCCUCAGAGUGAACUACCCAAGCGGUACAUCGUGCAGAACGGUCGCAACGUGACGUUUCUGGAGGCCUGGAGACUCUGCCAAGGCGUUGGCCAUCGAUUAGCAACGAUCACCAACGCGGAAGACAGCCGUUUGAUUGCGGAGGCCAUUAAAGCGUCGAGCAAUUCCAAAGGACCCUGGUGGGUCGGAGGCACUGAUCUUGGCAACGAAGGAAUGUUUGUGUGGAUUUCCACCAACCAGCCGGUCGGCUACGGAACCGGAUACUUCGAUUACUCGGCAGGGCAGCCGGAUAAUGCUGGAGGACGCGAAAAUUGCCUAGAAAUCGGACGCUGGGGUGGUGUUGGCUGGAACGAUGUACCGUGCGAUUGGAACCAGAGGUACAUUUGUGAGCACGUAGGAUAAGCAUACAAUAAAGCAUAAUGCCAUACAAAUGAUGCCAUGCUGUUUGACUGAGAAGCUUUCUUGUAGCUAGAAAAGACUCAACCAAACACCAAGCGUAAUACAAUUUCAACAAAAGUCAGGCACUUUAAUCAGCAUCCUCACAAAUAAACCGUAGUUUUAUGUCGCACGGCACAUCAUUCCACUGGACUCUGCCGAAUCGGCCUAUCUCAACACAAUUUUCAACACCCUUAAAGUAAUCGGGCUGUCCGGGAAUGAAGUCGAAAUAGCCGGUCUCAAAUCCAAUCGGAAGAUUUGUGCUAAUCCACACGAAAGAACCUUCCAAACCUAGAUCCGUGCGCCUGUGGGCAGAACGAUCACUACUGCACCACUCACUGAUCUUGGCGAUAAGGAGUGGCGGAAGAAAUAAGAAAGC